AUGUCCAGCGUACCAGAGCCCUCUCGAGACCUCGUAGCCCAUGGAUCAUCAGAAAACCUCGAAUCUGACCCACUCGUAAGAUGCACCAAGAUUCUGCGAACCCUGUUCUCACGGAUCAACAACCGCCAGCUUGACUUGACUGAACCCUUUUGGCACCUCCAUUUCUCACCGCAGUACACCUUUUCCGGCUCUGGUCUCCUCGAUCUGUCGUCGGAAGACAUUGUACAAGUAAAUCUCAAGCAGCAUCUACGCCAGCUGUGGAUCAUGACUGCGGAGGAGUUCCCGGAGUGUUAUUUCAAGGUGAAGGGGUUGCGGACAGAGAAGAUCGACUUUGGUCUGCGGAGUUCGGUGGAGUAUGACUUGUUUGGUGCUCCCGUGGGUGUGAGAAGGAGUUAUGCGGCGGAGGUGGUUUGGGAUCCAUGGGGGAGGGUUGCGAGGAUUUGGGCGAUGGCUGGGUGUGGGAUGUGA